AUGGCACCCACUCCCGAGUCUGCUGCGUUUCUGGCCAAGAAACCCACGGUCCCUCCAACCUUUGACGGCGUCGAUUACGAUGAUACGGCUCGAUUGAAGCAAGCCCAGGAUGCAAUUAUCCGGGAACAAUGGGUCAGGAGUAUGAUGGCGAGAUUGGUUCGGGAAGAGAUGGGGAAGUGUUAUUACCGCGAGGGAGUCAACCAUUUGGAGAAGUGCGGAGCUUUGAGAGAACGGUAUUUCGAGUUAUUGAAGGAGUCCAAGAUCCGGGGAUAUCUGUUUGAGCAAACAAACCACAUCUCGAAGCCACAAUAG